ACUGGUGCUUGGUUUUAGAGUUCUUUUCUUUGUCACAUGCAUUCCACUUACUCUUCUUUGAAAAAAAAAUUCUUUAAAUAUCUUAACGGUAAUAACUUUUUUUAUUUGCAAUGACCCAUCAGCUUAUGGAGGAGGAGGAUAAAUGCAAUAGUGGAAGUGUUUGGUUUUAGUCACAAUUAACACACACAGCUCUGUAACGUUUAGCUUCUUCGCUUCACGAGCUUUGUUUAUGAUGGUCACGUUUUGGUUCAUUAAAGAGAUUUGUUUGGAUCUUAGCAGGGAGAUUCUAGUGGGAGGCAAGUCUAACACAUGGAAGGUUCCAGAGUCUACAGAAGAAACACUAAACCGUUGGUCAGAGAGAACAAGAUUCAAAAUCGGAGACUCUCUCCUGUGGAAGUACAAUGCGGAGAAAGACUCAGUGAUGCAAGUGAGUCAAAAAGAUUACGAGAGAUGCGACAGAUCAGAGCCUAUAGGAGGAUACAAAGAUGGUCACACAAAGAUAGAGCUAAUGAGAUCAGGUCCUUUUUACUUCAUCAGUGGCGAAGAUGGGCAUUGCCAGAGAGGAGAGAAGCUUCUUGUUGUCGUCUUGUCUCCAAAUCACAACAGAAGCUAUGCAGCUGAUGCUCCUCCUUUUACCGCUCCAGUCACAAAAGACAAGGGAAGUAGUGAUCAUGUUCUGAUCAACCAAGCACAAAGAUCCGUUGCAACUGCUUGUUUCCUUGCUCUUCUUCAUAUUCCAUUAGCCUUUUUGGUUUAGUCUUGUUACCUCUUUGGUUCAGACGAGAAAAAAUAGUGACUUUGUAUGACUUUAUUGUAAUAAACCAAAAAAACAUUGAACAAGCAGGGUUUUGUAAAAAUCCAAAAUUCAAGAUACAAACAAACUAAA